ACAAAAAAAAAAGAAAAGAAAAAGGUCUGUAGAAUUUUUUGUAAGUUACUGAUAAAAACAACUUAUUUUAUUUUUUUAUUGAAAGCUACCAAGAUUUCGUUUUAUAAGAAACUUUUUAAUGAUAGUAGUAUUAGGAAAAACAAAAAAUACUAUCAAUUAUUAUAUCAAAUAUAAUUCGUACAUGAUCGAUAUUGAAAUAUCGCAAUAAGCCUACUACGAUCAUAAAAUAAAAAUCAAACACCGAUAUCCCCGAUUUUCAAAUAGCAAUCGUGGAGAUGGUAACGGUAUAAGCCUCGGUAUAUUUACGUUUGUCAUUGAUGGAAUUUUAGAGCAUGAUUUAUCUAAAUUUCUACGUAAUUAUAUGGCAUGAUCAACGUAGCCACAAAAAAUUUAUGAAGUCUAUAUUCACAUAAUUAAUAUAUUAUUCAUAACAUACAAAUUUUUCUUGUAUCCGUGAAAAAUGUUUCGAAAUAUUGAUUCAACGUUUAAAAAACUACGAUCAUCACAACAAAUCAAUCUCGGUGGAAUAAGGCAUAUACGGGAACCAUUUCAACCAUUAAAACGUUGUCCACGAUGGGUUUGUGUAGAAGACGCUAUAAAAAUAAUAAAUUCAGAACAUCUAGUAUUUAUACAAGGAGGUGCAGCUACUCCGCUGGAAUUAGUAAGGGCUAUGACAGAACAUGGUGUAUGUAAUAAUUUACGUGGCGUUCGGUUGAUACAUAUGGCUUUAGAGGGCGAUGCACCCUUUGCCAAUCCUGAAUUUGAAAAACACUUUAGAUCAAUUAGUCUUUAUAUUGGCGCAAAUGUUAGAGAAGCUGUUAAUGAAGGCAGAGCAGAUUGCAUUCCAUUAUUUUUACACGAGGCACCAAAGCUAUUUUAUGAACAAAGAAUUGCUCCCGAUGUUGCUUUGAUACAUGUUAGCGCACCCGACCCACGUGGAUUUUGUUCACUUGGUGUUAGCGUAGAUUGUACACGUGCAGCUAUUUGUACAGCCAAAGUCAUAAUUGCGCAAGUUAAUGAACAUAUGCCAAGAUCAUUUGGUGACACUGUUAUACAUUCUAGUCACAUCGAUUGGGCAGUCAAAUACGAUUGUCCAUUACCUUGUGUAGCAAGUACUGCGCCUAACGAUAUUGAAUUAGAAAUUGGCAAAUUCAUAGCACAAAGAUUGGUAGAAGAUGGUGCAACUUUGCAGCUUGGUAUAGGAAACAUUCCUGAUGCCGUACUAUGUGCUUUGGUCAAUCAUAAAGAUCUUGGUAUACAUUCUGAAAUAAUCGGUGAUACGAUAGUGGAUCUUGUUGAAAGAGGGAACAUUACAAAUAAAAAUAAGAUCAAACAUAGGGGUCGUCUAGUUGCCUCCUUAGGAAUUGGUACUAAGAGACUUUACGAUUUCUUGCAUAACAAUCCUUUCGUUGAAAUGCUAGCGAUUAAUUACGUCAAUGAUACACGAGUAAUAUCUAUGCAACCAAAAAUGACUGCCAUUAAUUCCUGCAUUGAAAUGGACAUUACUGGACAAGUAUGUUCCGAUAGUUUGGGCUGUAAAAUGUAUUCUGGUUUUGGUGGUCAACUUGAUUUUAUACGAGGUGCAGCAUUAGGCCAAGAUGGUAGAGGAAAAGCUAUCAUAGCAUUCCCAUCUAUUACAAGCAAAGGAGAAAGCAAGAUACAAGCAGUACUGAAACUCGGUGCUGGAGUUGUUACUACAAGAGCACAUGUUCAUUAUGUUGUAACAGAGCAUGGUAUUGCUCAAUUAUUUGGUAAAACAUUGCGUCAAAGAGCUAAUGCAUUAAUUCAGAUAGCACAUCCUGAUCACAGAGAAUGUCUUGAAAAGGCUGCAUUUGAAAGACUAAAAACUAUGCCAACUAAAUAUCUGUGAAAGAAAAUGUUUAAGAAUUAUAUUGUCAAAGAUAAAUUUAUUAAAAUCAUGCUCAAAAUUGUUACCAAAAAAAUGACACUGUGUAUGUCUACUCUGUUUACGACUCUGUCUACAAAAUAAUUUUCUUCCGAUUCUGUCUACACGAAUGCAAAACAAUUUUCUUCAAAAUUAAUGGUUUCCAAUAUUAUAUUCAUUAUCCAUUAUUAUAAAUUUAUAUAAAUGAGAUCAAUCACAUGUACAACGAAAUAAAUAAUAAGUUAGCAAUAA